GCUCGUUCAUUAGCACCCACUUAAGCACCCACAGGAGCAAUAGAGCGAGUAAUAACAGAGUGAAGAAUCGUCAUGGAGUCCUGCACAAAGCUUGUGGUCGUAGCUCUUGUCCUGCUAGCUGCCGUGGCCAGCCACCCCGUGGCGGCUGGAAACUCGUCCAUGUGCGGCAUGUCCAAAGAGGGCUUUGAGGCGUGCAAGCCAUCCGUGAGCGGCUCGAACCCGACCGAGCCGACCCGGGGGUGCUGCUCCGCUCUGACCAACGCCGACCUCAACUGCCUCUGCUUCUUUAAGUACGCCAGGACCUUGCUGCAGACCUACCAAAUCAACCCCGACUUGGCGGCGCAGCUCCCCGUCAAGUGCAACCUCGUCCCCUCCUUCCACUGCUGAGGACCGACGGGGUCCCGCAUCCGUGUUGAUGCAUUGGGUGGGGCCUUGAAAUAAAAGCGCAGGCCUAGCAUUUUGCGUACUUGCCGUUUCGUAUCGUAUGUGAUGUCUGUGUGGCUUUUGCUAUGUAUUGGACUGACGUAACGUUGUUAGUUUCAGUUGCUUCUUUUUUCCAACCAUUACCGUUGUUUCCACGUCGUGUAAGGAUGUCAAGUCAAGAGAUCUGUUUGGGUAGACUUCGUUUUGGAAUUGAAACAUGUGUUCUUUGGUUUCGUCAAAA